AUGCCUACAACUUCUCAACUAGCAUAUAAAGUGAGAUCUGAAGACGCUAGGUUUACAUAUGAAUCACCAAGUGUAGACAAAUUACAUAAUAAAAAUAUAGAAUCGAUUGAUGAAGACGCUCGCAUAGAAUGGAGCAAUUUAAUAUUUUUACCGUUUCAUCCAGUGUUUCAAAAGUUAGUUCUUAUUUGUGUAAUAGUCAAGACUUACGUGGGCCCUUUACAGUCAGUGGACCCCUAUGUUCGCUGUUGGACUGUGGAUAAAAAUCACGAUUUCCUUUUAAAUUUAUUUAUUGUUUUGUAUUCGUAUUUGGCCGAUGCAGUUUACGGCAUUGACACGCUUCUCCAUAUUAUUCACAGGCAAGUGACCGAUAAAGCUAUGAGACGUGAAUACAUGCCAAAGUCAGCAUUUCUUCUUUUACUCGACAUACUCUCUCUUAUCCCAUUUUUCCGGCUAGUUACACAAGAUGCUGAAUGUAAUGAACGUACUCAAUUAUAUCCAAACCUGUUAACAUACAAUGAAUUUCUAAUUAUUUACAGAGUAUGGGAAUACUAUAAACUAACAUCCACUCACUCUUACCCAAAGUUAAUUGGAGGAUUCGUUAUAAUUAUGUACAUAACUGUAAACUUUCUCACUGUUUUUUGGAUACUACUUACUUAUGAAGGUCUAUGUUCAAAUUGUGGGCCAUUUUUGCCGGAACACGAUUGGCGAACCUACGUAAUGCAUAAGGUGAAUAAAUCUCCAGAGGAAUAUCCAAUUUAUAGCUAUGCAGUUUCUUUUGUUUUUUCACACGGAUUAAGAAGAGUACUAGAUAACAUUUUACCUUCUACAAUUUUAGAGUUCCUGUUGACAUGUCUGUUGAUGAUAGCUGGUUAUAUCGUGCUAACUAUAUUUGUUUUGCCCAAAGCUUUUAGUGAAUCUGUGUUAAGAUUGAAAAAUGUUUGUUCUAAAUAUCCAUCAGUUAAAAAAAUAAUAGAGGAAACCAAGAGGAGAAAUCCUUCACAUAAGGCUUAUCAACAUGUUGAAACAUACUAUACGACGAUGUGGCGGAGACGUAGUGGUAUUGUUCAUAUGCCCGAUAUAAUGGAAGAUAUGCCGAGGUACUUAAGAGUUUCCAUCAAACAAGAUUUAUUUUGGCCCUUAUUUCAUCACAGUCCUACAUUGAGAAGAAGGUCUUGUGCUUUCAAAAGAUUUCUAUUCGAAUGUGUACAUAUAAGUUAUAAGUUGCCUGGUGAGAGAUUUUAUGCAGGAUCGCAGUGUCUCAGCAAUUUAUAUUACGUGAAAUCGGGUGUGGUUCAAUUAAUUUCUGCUGAUGAUUUAACAACUCCAAUUCUAUCUGUUACAAGUGGCACCAUAUUUGGUGACAUAAACUUUUUGAUACCUCAUCCGAAAAGAAAAAUUACUAUUCGUUGCCUUACUUAUUGCGAAGUAUUGUUUCUAACACAAGCUGAUUUAUUAAGAGCCCUUUAUAAAUUUCCAGAAGAUCGAAAGGCUAUAUUACAAUUAUACAAAGACAAAAUUAAUCACGCAAAAAAGUUGAUUGCUUGCAAAGAGCAAAUGAAAGAUUUAGACAGAAGUGAAGCUGAGGGUAUUGGUUGGAUUAAGUCGCGUUGGUGGCAAAUCUUUGAUGUUAUUAGCACUUGGAAGAAAAAAUCUCUCCAAUUAGAAAUUCACCAACUCAAUGCUAGCUGUGAGCUCCCACCCGAAACCUCUAACUACCAUUGUGCCAAAUAUCUAGGACAGCUAGUAUUAUGCACUGAUGGGCAACUUCAAACGAAGUCUAUGUUCGUUAAUUAUCAAUUUCCAUGGAUUCUAUCACCGUACUCUGUUUUCGGCUCAAUAUGGAAGAAACUUGUCAUCUGUACCGUAUAUCGAGAUGCCACAGACUAUCAAUACUUUGUUGUAAAUUUAAAGAAAUAUUAUCAUACAUAUGGUAUCCAAAAAGAUUUAUUAAAGCGACUUGAAAAGUAUCUUGUGUGUCACUACAAGUACUAUAAAGGAUUAAAUGUUAUGGACCGAGAUUCGUUCAAACACGAACCAUAUGAGAUUUAUUGGAAGGUACAAGGUGAAGUUGCUCAGAAAAUAAUUGGUGAAUCAAAAAUGUUUACAUACGCAGAUCCAUCCUUUAUAAGAGAAUUAGCUUGUGCAUCGAAAUAUGUAAUACUGCCAAAAACGGCUAGUAUAAAUUUAAUUGGGUCUCAAUGCGAGAAUGUCACCUGGGUCGUACAUGGUUAUGUUAAAUCGGACGCCUAUGGACCGAAUGGUGAACUGACAACAAAAUUCUAUGAACCUGGUGAAAUGUUAUCCGUUAAUUCGUUAUUUGGAAAGUUAGCUCUCAGAAGUUACACGUGUUACACUGACUGCGAAGUUCUAUUCGUAACUAUGCAAGAGUUUAUCCAAAUUUAUAAACGAUCCCCAUUGGAAUGGUACUUUUUGAAAAGAACCAUAAAAGAGUUUCGUUCAAAAAUUGAGGAGGCUUUUGAAGAACAAAUCAGUUAUUACCAGGAGUAUCAAAUCAGACAUAACAUCUCAGAAUCAGUAAUGAAAGUUACGAAGACCUCUCUAAACGAAAUGAAUCAGCCACCAGAUCCUCACUCAUUACUCAGAGAUGCCAAGGAUUGGAAAGAACCAGAGUCUAAGUUUAUGCAGACAUGGUUAUUAUGUAGAGCAAUCAUCGUCUGUGUUUCAAUAACAAAUGCGUCCUUAAAAGGUGGAAUUGGUGCUCAAGCCAUGUGGUCUUUUGAAAUUAUUGGCUCAUUAUGCGAUUGCAUUGCUUGGAUUGACAUUAUUUUAAAGAUAUUUAUAAGAUAUCAUGACAGUCGCGGUUUACUAAUAAGAGGCAAAGGAAAGUGUUUGUUAAAUUAUUUAACCAAAGGUUUCCUACUGGAUAUCAUAGGUGUUCUACCCUGGUUCGAAGUAUUCAGAACACUUAUGACAAAAGAUAUUAACUGGAACGACGCUUUGCUGAUUAAUACAUGCUGCAAGUUUGCACAUAUUUAUAUAUUGUUUGCGUAUUUUGAUUAUAUCAGCGACCUACCGACUGUUCAUGUUGGUUACAGGAUUAUAAAAUGGCAAGUGGUCAAUAUUCUGAUUGUGAUGGGGGCUAGUCAUUAUUUGAUGUCGCACUGUGUAGAUUACAACUUCGACAUCGAUGGAAAUCUGAUUAAUAUGAAAUAUCGGAAUGCGUGCUGGAUGCCUCAAAUUUUCUCUAUGCCAGAGGAGCUUGAUAGCCAGUCAUUACAUUUGAUAUUUACUCAAAGUAUAUAUCUUGCACAGUGCGGUAUGAUGUCGAUGAACAUCGGUGGUUUUAUGCCACAUAAUUCAACGCACGGGAUAUCGUAUGUGUUAAUCUUUCUUGGCGUUGUAUGUUGGAUCGUGACAUGUUAUACUCUAUCGGUACUUGUAUUAGCUUGUCGGGAGAACACGCUCUUUCAAUAUGGAGUCGAUAGCUUGGAUACCUUUUUAAGAAAUGAACGCGUAGAAAAAAAUAUGAUUGAUAAAGCUAUAGCACAUUUUCGGUACUGCUGGAUGAGGACCAAGGGUAUAAAUAUUCAGAAAAUGUUAAACAAGCGCAUCGGACUGGUUUUUGGACAGGAUUUAAGUUAUGGCUGUUUUAAAACGACAUACUUUGUAUUAGACACAUUACUCAAUGGUGGGGAAAGUAUGCAAAAACAAUUAGCAAGAAUUAGUUCCAUCAAUUAUUUUUUACCUGGACAUGAGAUUAUGAGAGAAAUGGAUCUUGUAGCUGACUUAUUCGUGGUACAUCGCGGAAGAGUUGUUUUAAAGAGGGAUGGAAAGAAAAUCAUCACACUUACUAAGGGAGAUAUUUUUGGCCAACUAGUCGGUACUACACUACGGCCACUGAAAAUUUCUGCCGAGGCUUAUACCCAUGCAGAUGUGCUUCAACUGCCUAUCAAAAGCUUUCAAGAAAUCAUAACCGAUGAGGUGAGAAAGACCAUCAACAAAAACAUUCAAUCUAAAAAUGAUUUUUUGGCGACGAGGACAUGGUUCGUGGAAAAUCCAUAUGACAGUAUAGAGUACAUUCUUAGAUCGAAAAAGGCUAUUCACCUUCCCUGGAUGCCUAAACCAAUAAAGGCUCACUAUCGAACCUGGUACGCGUGGUGGUUAUAUUUGUCGUGGUUUGUUGGCCCUUGUAUUACGGCGUUCAUUGUGGUGAUACUACCGUGGACCGCUCUGCCCCAGAGCUGCGUCCACGGGCUAUACGUAGUACUUACACUUCUGGAUAUAUUACAUAUAGCCAAUGUCAUAAGUGAGUUUUAUUCGGCAAACCUCAUCGUUGAAAACAAUAGAUGUGUGAGACGUAUUAUCGGUUUUGGCAGUCUCAAAAAGUGGGAAUUUUACGUGGAUACAUUGUCGCUUGUAAUACCUUUAUUUAAUAUAAUUGAUUAUGAUCGUCGAUAUCAAUUGGCAAAGUUGUUAAGACUAAAAUGGUUUAUCGACUUCGAGUAUCAUUUCUGUCAAGGAUUUAAGACUAAGUUGGCCCCGAGAGCUCUGAAAGCCGCUAUUAUAUUACUCUUACUUCAUAUAUUUACAUGUGGAUGGAUUUAUGUCGCUUGUAGCGAAGAGAAAUUUCCUUUCGAUGUUCCGGAUUUCAAGAAAUUAAAUUUAUCGCUUGACUUCAACGAGUGGACUCAUCCCGAUCUCCGAAAAGGCGGUUGUGCUCGACCUACAAAAAAAAUAAUUGAGGCCGGGGACAAAUGGCUGCCAGCUUUUGUAGUUCCAGUGUUCUGGCUCAACGAUUAUAUCAUUGCAAUGACUUUUAUUUUACUUAUACAUACCCAUACAAGUUUGGAUGCGGUAAUGGCCCUCACUAUAAACCAGGUGUACUACAAAAUUUUGAUUACUUUUGCACUUUAUCUCCUUGAUAUAUGGAUAUUGGCUUUUACUGUCAGUACUGUAUACACCAGGUUCCGUAACUUUUACCAAUUCGAUUAUCACGUGAUGAAUUUGAUUACAUUCUUAAAAGACAGCGGAUUAUGUCCGUCCCUUACUAAGGUUGUACGAAAAUAUACGGAGCAGCUGUGGAAGAAAUAUAGAGGUAAUUGGCUACCAGAAUUAGUUUUCCAAGGGCCAGCAUGUCUGCGAGAGGACCUCUUCGUCUCUCUCUAUAUUCAUCAUUUAAACAGGCCAUCCACGUUUCGUGACCUGCCUGAUUACUUCAAGAGGCAACUUGCCGCCAGGCUAGAGAGGACUGUCAUAUUUCCUGGUAAAUAUAUCGUGAAACAAGGUGACGUUUUUAAUGUAACAUAUUUCAUACAUGAAGGAGAGGUUGAAAAAUGGUCUACUACGCCUGAAGGUGAAGAAACAUUCGUGUCUUUGAUUUAUUCUAAUGGCUACUUUGGUUGCAUUCCGGGAUUAUUUUGUACCAGUGCUUUUCAGUUCUCUUAUUAUACCCGUACGGUGGUUGAUCUUGUAUACUUGAGGCUCCAGAACUGGGAAGAUUUAUUAGAAGGCUACCCGGAGAUUAAGAAAACCUUUUUUAAAGCUACUAGAGCCUUAAAACAUGAAGGGGUGAAAGUAGUUCACGGUAAGUAG